UCGCUGCUGCUGCUGCUGCUGCGCUGCCGAGCCGCCUCUCUGUGCCCCUCCAGCCUCCAGCAUGAGCACCAGUGUCAGGCAAUACUCGUCCUCCACCUCCCUCAAGGGCUUCGGGAGCCUGGGCGGCGGCUCCAGCAGGGUCUCCUCCGUGCGAGUCGGGGGAGGAGGGUACCGGGCCCCCAGCGUGCACGGCGGCUCCGGCAGCUACUCCGUCUCCUCCCGCGUGGUCUCGGGGCUCGGCGGUGGCUUCGGGGGCAGCUACUGCAGCAGCGCAGGAGGGGCCCUCGGCGCGGGCUUUGGGGGCACCUAUGGGGCCGCCUUUGGAGGAGGCUUUGGGGGAGCCUUUGGAGGAGCCUUUGGAGGCGGUGACGGCAUCCUGCCGGCGGGGGAGAAGGAGACCAUGCAGAACCUCAACGACCGCCUGGCCGCCUACCUGGACAAGGUGCGGGCCCUGGAGGAGGCCAACACCGACCUGGAGGUGAAGAUCAGGGAGUGGUACAAGAAGCAGGGACCUGGUCCUGACCGUGACUACAGCCCCUACUACAGGACUAUCGAGGAGCUCAGGAACAAGAUUCUUUCUGCAACUGUUGAAAAUGCCAACAUCGUCCUGCAGAUCGACAAUGCCAGGCUGGCAGCAGAUGACUUCCGAACCAAGUUUGAGACGGAGCAGGCUCUGCGCAUGAGCGUGGAGGCCGAUAUCAACGGCCUGCGCCGGGUCCUGGACGAGCUGACCCUGUCCAGAGCUGACCUGGAGAUGCAGAUUGAGAACCUGAAGGAGGAGCUGGCUUAUCUGAAGAAGAACCACGAGGAGGAAAUGACUGCCCUGCGGGGGCAGGUGGGUGGGGAGAUCAGCGUGGAGAUGGACGCUGCUCCUGGCAUCGACCUCACCAAGAUCCUGGCGGACAUGCGGGAGCAGUACGAGACCCUGGCGGAGAAGAACCGCAGGGACGCCGAGCAGUGGUUCUUCACCAAGACGGAAGAGCUGAACCGGGAGGUGGCCAUCAACACGGAGCAGCUGCAGAGCGGCAAGACGGAGAUCACGGAGCUGCGGCGCACGAUCCAGAGCCUGGAGAUCGACCUGCAGUCACAGCUCAGCACGAAAGCGGCGCUGGAGGGCACCCUGGCCGACACCGAGGCGCGCUACGGCACCCAGCUGGCCCAGCUGCAGAUGCUGAUCACGGGCGUGGAGGAGCAGCUGGCCGAGCUGCGCUGCGACAUGGAGCGCCAGAACCACGAGUACAGGGUCCUGCUGGACGUCAAGUGCCGCCUGGAGCAGGAGAUCGCCACGUACCGCCGGCUCCUGGAGGGCGAGGACGCCCACAUCUCCUCCCAGUACUCCUCCGCCAUGUCCUCACACUCUGGCAGAGAUGUCAUGACAUCGUCCCGCCAGGUGCGCACGAUUGUCGAGGAGGUGCAGGACGGGAAGGUGGUCUCCUCCCGGGAGCAGGUGGCACUCACCACUCGCUAGGACAGUCCCUGGCUCAGGAGAGCAUUGAACUGAGCCAAGAAGUGCCUGAGGCCAUGCGUGGUCAGGUUGUGUCCCCGAAUGCUCCCUUCACCUGCUCUUCCUCAUGUGUUGCCCUCAUUCCAUGCAGGUGUCUCUGGACACACUUAAUAAAGAUUUUUCUUCUUGCUCAUGCAACUGCA